CCCGUGGCGCCCGAGUCUGGUGGCAGCCCUGCUGGGUCAGCCACAACGCCCAAAUGGACAUUGGUCAAAGCUAAUAUUUACCCACCUGUUGUGAAAUCCCUAUAAAGACAAUCAAUCGAAAAGCACACAAGUCAGGCAACAGCAGCUUCGUUCUGGCAGAAUGAAGCUUCUAAUUGUGACCGUUGUUGUCACACUGCUGGCCAAAGCCCGCUGCCAGACGCCGGUAGUUGAGAAUGAGCCUCUGCGAGAGGCCUCGUGUAACGACUCGUUGGUCACCAUGGCGGCUGGGAUCGCAGUGCGGGAAAUUAAUAAGCGGCAAGAUGAGGGCAACAUCUUAGCCCUUUACCGCAUUAAUGAUGCACACGUUCAGAACAAGGGAAUGGGCAAUACUUUCUACCUUAAUCUUCAUGUUUUAGACACAGACUGUAAUGUUUUGAGCAGGAAAGACUUUACGCAAUGUAACACCAAACAGUUUUUUGAAACUGUUUAUGGCACCUGCAAAGCUGUUAUAUACAUUAAUAGAGUUAACCGAGAAAUUGACCUGUACAGCUAUAACUGCUCUCUUGCACCAAUUCCAAAAAAAACAGUAUUAGAAAUGUGUCCAGACUGUCCCCUUUCAGGCUCCUCAGAAAACAGUGAAUACCUUGCUACUGCAAAGAAAACACUUUUAAAAUUCAAUAAGGAAAGUAAUAAUACCAAACUAUUUGCAGUAAAGAAGAUCACAAAAACUUCUAUGCAGUGGGUAGUUGGUGCAUCUUACUUUGUCAGUUAUGUAAUAUAUGAAACUGGGUGCGGUAAGGAAAUUCUGACUGAAGAUUUCAUCUGUGAGAUUGAAAAUCCUGACGGGCGAUUUGGAUUCUGCAAAGGUUCACGGAUGCUGGCACCUGAUGGUCCUCACAUUUCUGUUUCUUGUGAAAUCUUCCCACCAGAGGAAGACCGUGGACGUUGCCACAGGCAUAGGCACAAACAUAGACACAGGCAUGGUCAUGGUCAUGGUCAUGAUCACAAUCAUGGUCGUGGUCAUGAUCAUGGGGCUCCUUCCAUGAUGCGUGGUCCAGGGCAUGAAAGAGGACACAAACAUGGACAUAGUCAUGGUCACAAGCAUGGACAUGGUCAUGGUCACAAGCAUGGACAUGGUCAUGGUCAUGAUCAUAAGCACAAACAUGAACACGGUGAGGGUGAUAAAGGACACACUUCUGGCUGGAGAGGUUGUCAUAGGCACAACCACACACAUGGCCAUGGAUCUGGUAGCCAUGAGCACAGUCAUGAACAUGGACAUCAUAAUGAUUCUUCUCAGGAUCUUAACUUUCAUGACCCCUUGAACCAAAAUGAAGGCUCAGUGUUUAUCUUUCCUCAAACAAGUGAUCCUGUAGAUCAUCCAGAUCCUGUUUUAAAUCUUCCUCCAUUUGCAAAAGAUGCCGACAUCCUUCCAUUUCCAGAUAAAAGUUCAACUUCUAUUUUGUGCCCUGGAGAGCCAAAGCUAUCAGUGAAUUGGAUCACAGAUUUUGGCCCUAAACACAAAUAAUAUCACGCAAUGUUUUUUUGGUUCCUCUUUUUUU